AUGGCACCCUCCAAAACAUCGUGGGACGAUGAAGAGACCGAUAGCACGCCCGCGUCCUCGCCACCACCACCGACCGUCGCACGCCGCGGCAAGUUUGAUGACGAAGAGGAAGAGGACGUGCUAGAGUCAUGGGAUGCUGCCGAGGACAGUGAGGAAGAACGCGAAAAGGCGAAAAAGGCCGCGGAAGCAAAGGCAAAGGCCGAAGCCGCGGCCAAGGCAGAGAAGAGGUCCAAGGCGCAGCGUCUGGAGGAGCUUCGCGAGCAGAGGCGACGAGAGCGUGCAGAGGCCGAGGAUGGCGAGAGCAGCGAGGAGGAGGACGAGGCCUCGCGACGCGCACGACUACGGGCUCAGGAGAUGGAGAGUGAUCUCAAGAAUGCCGAAGACCUGUUCGGUGGUGGAGGUAGCGGCCCAGCUAAGCGCGGCACGAACAAGGCCAUCACCGUCCAAGCCGACUCCGAGGACCCAACGAGCGCAAUCGAUCUCUCGAGCUUAAAGCUGUUCAACCCAUCCUCUGCGAAGGACUUUGCCACACUCCGUGAGACUCUGGUGCCCCUUUUCAACAACAUUGCGAAGAAGCCUCAAUACGAGCUCUUCAUGAAGGAGUUCUCCAAGCAGAUUGUCAAGGAGAUGAACAGCGAGCAGGUCAAGAAGGUUGCCAGUGGACUGACAGCCGUCAGCAAUGAGAAGCUGAAGGAAGAGAAGGCUGCUGAGAAGGGCGGCAAGAAGACCAAAGCAGCGAAGACCAAGACGACGUUGAACGCAGCUAGGGACACAUCACGCGCAGCGGACACGUAUGCUUACGAUGACGAUGGACUUGAUGAUGGCGACUUCAUGUGA